AUGCAUUUCCUUCGAGUGUUGAACUACACUUCCCGAGGUCAGAGGUUCUUCUCACGCCCUGCUCCUUGCGCUCUUCGCCGAUUGCAAAGUAGUCCCCGAGGGCGGGCCGCUGUGAUUGGAGGACGGCGACGAGCGGAGAAUUUGGGCUCAGGAGGAAAGGAGCUGCCGGAUGGCGCCCAGCAAUUGGCGAGAGGGGAGGCGCGUGUAACUCGAGGGUGGAGAGACAGAGCCCUUAGCUCCAGCGCUCUCCCGUGCGCUGCUAAGACUUUAUCCUCCCCUCAAGGGGACGCCCCCUCAGAGGUGGCCGGGGGCCGCACAUCUUCCCCACUCCGGAGGCAGGACAGAGAUUCCUUCUGCCAUCAGAUGUCUUUCUGCUUGACUGAACUGCACCUGUGGUCUUUGAAGAAUACCUUACACAUUGGGGAUAGAGACAUCGGGAUCUACCAGUAUUAUGACAAGAAAGAGCUACCAGCAACAGAGCAUGGUAACUUAGAAGAAAAGCAGAAGCUGGCAGAAUCACGAGAUUUUCCAUGGACGCUCAAAAACAGACGCCCAGAAAAACUUCGAGACUCACUCAAGGAGUUGGAGGAGCUGAUGCAAAAUAGUCAGUGUGUGCUGAGCAAAUGGAAGAACAAAUAUGUCUGUCAGCUUCUCUUUGGUUCAGGUGUGCUGGUGUCCUUAAGCCUUUCCGGGCCGCAGCUGGAGAAAGUGGUGAUUGACAGAAGCCUGGUGGGGAAGCUCAUCUCAGACACCAUCAGUGAUGCUCUUCUCACAGACAGCUUUAUCAUCUUAUCAUUUUUGGCACAAAACAAACUAUGUUUUAUUCAGUUUACCAAGAAGAUGGGUUCUCCUGAUACAAACAAAAGACUGGAAAAGCUCUCAGCCUUGGAUUAUAAGAUUUCCUAUUAUGAAAUCCCUGGCCCAGUAAACAGGACAACACAGCGUCGUCUAGCUAUCAAUUGUGUUCAAGAUAUAGUUGUUUGCUGGUGGCCACUGGUCAGUGAUGAUGCUUGGCCUUGGGCCCCCAUUUCUUCUGAGAAAGACAGAGCCAAUCUGCUGCUCCUGGGUUAUGCUCAAGGAAGACUGGAGGUUCUGAGUUCUGUACGCACGGAAUGGGAUCCACUGGAUGUUCGCUUUGGCACCAAACAGCCUUAUCAGGUGUUGACAGUGGAGUGCUCCAUCAGUGUAGACAAAGAGCCCAUGGCUGACAGUUGCAUCUAUGAAUGUGUUCGGCACAAAAUCCAGUGUGUAUCAGUCACCAGAAUACCACUAAGAUCGAAGGCCAUUAGCUGUUGCAGGAAUGUUACUGAAGACAAACUGAUUCUGGGCUGUGAAGAUUCUUCAGUAAUUCUUUAUGAAACUCACCGUAGAGUGACUGUCUUAGCUCAGGCUGAACUUCUGCCUUCAUUAAUAAGCUGCCACCCAAGUGGUGCCAUUCUGCUAAUUGGCAGUAACCAAGGGGAGCUGCAAAUUUUUGAUAUGGCUCUUUCUCCUAUUAACAUCCAGCUUUUGGCUGAAGACCGCUCACCUAGGGAGACUCUACAAUUCAAAAAAUUCUUUGAUGUUUCUAGCAGUCUUGUUCAAAUGCAGUGGAUAGCUCCGCAGGUUGUUUCUAAGAAGCCUGAAAGUGGGGACAUCUAUGAUCUCCUCUUCCUCAAGUUUGACAGAGGACCUUUGGGUGUACUUCUGUUUAAACUUGGUAUCUUCACACAAGGACAGCUGGGCCUGGUAGACAUCAUCUUCCAGUACAUUCACUGUGAUGAGAUCUGUGAGGCAAUAAACAUCCUGAGUAGUAUGAACUGGGACACUCUGGGCUACCAGUGCUUUAUCAGCAUGACUGCCAUCGUAAACCAUCUUCUUAGACAAAAGCUCACUCCAGAGAGAGAAGCACAGCUUGAGGCAAGCCUUGGAACCUUCUAUGCUCCAACAAGACCACUCCUGGAUACAACUAUAUUGGAAUACAGAGACCAAAUCAGCAAAUAUGCAAGGAGAUUCUUCCACCACUUACUCAGGUACCAGAGAUUUGAAAAGGCAUUUCUGUUAGCUGUUGACAUUGGUGCUCGUGACCUGUUUAUGGACAUCCAUUACCUUGCACUAGAUAAGGGCGAAUUGGCACUAGCUGAAGUGGCAAGAAAGAGAGCCAGUGACAUUGAUGCAGAAUCAAUAACCUCUGGAGUUGAACUCCUGGGGCCUUUGGACAGAGGGGAUAUGCUAAAUGAAGCUUUUGUUGGCCUAUCUUUAGCACCUCAAGGAGAAGACAUAUUUCCAGAUAACCUCCCUCCCUUUUGUUCAAUCCACAGACAUAUUAUUCAACAAAGAACACUGAAUGUCUCUGCUGACACACAAGUAUUUGACAGAAGGAAUGAACUUGAAAAAGACAUCUGUGCUGGAUCUUUGAUGGCUAAGACCUGUAAUGAAGAAGGUAAUGGUAUCCAAGAAGGAGAAAUGAGAGAAGAUGGCAUAGGACAGGAAAUCGGAGAUGGUGGUUCUCUCAGAAUGGUUCACUUCGGUUUGGUAUAAAUAAGGAACUUGGUUUUUAUUUUUAAAAAACCCACAUUUUUCACAUCUAAACUUUUUCAUGGCCUGAUAUAGAUUAAAAUCUCCCUAAUAUGAAUUAAAAAGAGGAGAGAUAAUAUGAAUUAGUUAAAACAUUUAAAUUCAGAGUAUUUUCAAAGUAAAGUUUUAUUAGUUUCAAAAACAUGCAGCAUAACAGCAAAGUCAUCUUAAGUAAAAGUUUUUAACUUACUUAUUUUCAAUAAUGUAAAAUUUCUGAAGUUCCUUAAAUUGUACAUUAUUAGGUGCUUCAAAAGUAGGAUAUUUAAACUUGGUUCUCCCAAG